CACAAUGCAGAGGCAAGUGGAGGUCAGAAUGCAUGAAAGCCAUUUGGAGCCCAUCGUGGAGCCUCCUCAGCCUAUGUGUUGGGGAAUAUGCAGCAAAAUCAUGAAUAACUUGGUCCUUUUCCUCACCAUCCUUGGUGUGAUCACAGGCUCUGUUUCUGGAAUACUACUGCGUCCCAUGUCGCCGCUCCCCCCUGAUGUAGUCAUGAUCAUCUCGUUCCCAGGAGACAUCCUGAUGAGGAUGCUGAAGAUGCUCAUCCUGCCCCUGAUCAUCUCCAGUCUCAUCACAGGACUGGCAGGGUUGGAUGCCAAGUCCAGUGGCCGCCUGGGCACCCGAGCCAUGGUGUACUACAUGUCCACCACAGUCAUCGCUGCCGCUCUGGGUGUCAUUCUAGUGCUGCUCAUCCACCCUGGUAACCCCAAGCUGAAGUCCAACCUUGGGCCUGGCAAGAAGAACGACGACGUCUCCAGUCUGGACGCUUUCUUCGAUCUAAUUCGAAACCUUUUCCCAGAAAACCUGGUUCAGGCCUGCUUCCAGCAGAUCCAGACAGUCACCACAAAAGUCCCCGUACCUACCAACAGGACCAGGGGUCCACCACAGUUUACCAUCAAAAGGGGUCUUCAGUACAAGAGUGGGAUGAAUGUGCUAGGUUUGAUCGGUUUCUUUGUGGCUUUCGGGAUAAUCAUGGGGAAGAUGGGAGAAAAGGCCAAGCUCAUGCUGGAGUUUUUUAACGUUCUCAACGAGAUCGUCAUGAGGAUUGUUGGCAUGAUUAUGUGGUAUUCCCCUUUCGGUAUCGCCUGUCUCAUCUGUGGGAAGAUCAUCUCAAUCGAUGAUCUGGAAAUGGUUGCCAGGCAACUGGGAAUGUACAUGGUGACCGUGAUCGUGGGCCUUGUCAUCCACGGUGCCAUAUUUCUACCACUAAUAUACUUAGUCAUCGUGAAGAAAAACCCCUAUGUCUUCUUCAUGGGAAUCUUCCAGGCCUGGGUCACCGCUAUUGGGACAGCAUCUAGUGCUGGUACCCUGCCAGUCACAUUCCGCUGUCUGGAGGAGAACUUGGGCAUCGAUAAGCGAGUGACGCGAUUCGUGCUCCCCGUGGGCGCCACUAUCAACAUGGACGGCACUGCGCUUUACGAGGCCGUGGCAGCCAUCUUCAUCGCCCAGAUGAAUAACAUCGACCUCGACUACGGCCAGAUCGUCACUGUCAGCCUGACAGCAACCUUGGCCAGUGUGGGAGCGGCCAGUAUCCCCAGUGCUGGAUUGGUGACCAUGCUACUGAUCCUAACAGCCGUUGGGUUACCCACCCAAGACAUCAGUCUGUUGGUGGCUGUUGACUGGCUGCUGGAUCGGUUCCGAACCUCCGUCAACGUGGUUGGGGACUCCUACGGGGCCGGUAUCGUUUACCACCUGUCCAAAGAUGAGCUCGAUGCGUUUGACGCCGCGCAAAAAGUUGAUGAAUUUGAGUUGACAAAAUCCCAAUCCUUCUUCGAGAACAACACCAACCAGUGUGUUUACGCUGCAGCCCACAGCACAAUCAUGAUAGAUGAUUGCAAGGUAUCCAUGGGCAAUGGAAACGGCCACCCCAACGGCCACCCCAACACUGCAGAUUUCUCUCUUGUUGAGGAGGAACCAUGGAAACGAGAGUAAAGCAGCACCCUGCUCCGACCUCAUCCUGACUUCCACAAGCUUCCCUUCCUGACCAAAAUAAAGAACGUAACCACACUUAGCCCUGUAAUCACAAGCUUUGGUGCAUCAGUCUUACUUCCUGUGGUCUGACUAUGGUCAGUUCAUUGACUAUGGGAUGAAGCUCCCCUCCCACAAAGACAACGUAGGUACGCAUCCACUUGUACCUAUCUUAAACAAUUAGAUUAGGACUUCCAAAUGACAUUGCUUAAGCUGUGCUGGUGAUUUUUAAGGCAUUGUUUAGUAUGAUGGACCCAUUCAGGUGGUUGUAUUCUGAACCUUACUCGACAGUGCAUGUUCUCUGAUGUACGCAAUGCCGCACUUUUGUUGCUGCUCAACCUUUUGGGGAAAAAGCAAUCCUUCUGUCUGUUUUAUGUAUAAAAAAUGUAGGGGUUUUGUUAGCGCCAGAGGCAGUUCAGAGAAUGUGUGCUUAUGGGA